AUGUCAAAUUGAAAUGUCAGAACAGAAAUAGAUGUUUAUUGUAUCUUUUACAUAUUUAUUAUCAUAUUGCUUAACAAAUACCAAGCCAGAAGUUUAGUUCUCUUAAAACACUGUUUUCUUUUAUUUAGAAAUGGCGGGACCAAUGGAAAGAAUCCAAGUUCUUGACGAUAUUGAAAAGGACAUUAUCACUUGCCUGCAAUGUGCUGCACAAGCACUUCUAGAAUUGGGAAAAGAAAAAUCGAGUCAGAAACAAGCUGAGACUAAUACUUCACAAUUCUUAAGAACUCUUAGCCAAGUUGAGUCCAAAUUGAGUGACCAGAUCAAUUACUUGACACAAGUGUCUACGGGACAGCCUCAUGAAGGCUCCGGAUAUGCAUCUCAGAAAGUGUUGCAGAUGGCUUGGCACAGACUAGAACAUGUCCGCUCUUGGGUUAAUGAAUUAGAUCGACUGAAAGCAUCACAUUUGGCUGCGGCCAAUCGUCCAGCACCAGGAAUACCUAAUGGCAGUAUGACUUCUUCUGGAACUAGUACAUAAAUGUUUAUAUCUUCAUACCUGCACUAGGUUUUGAAAAAAAUGUUCAUGUAAGGUAUUUGUAGUUAAUUUAUCUUAUUAUCUACAGCAACUGCUUGUAUCUAUGUUUAAUAAUAAAUGUAAGGAAAUUUGA